UACAUUCCCAGCGUGGCGCUGCCGUCCCUUCUACCUGCAUGACAGCCACCUUGAAGUGCGCCACUCGGCACUCAGUACAUUCACAGCGUGGCGCUUCCGUCCCUUCUACCUGCAUGACAGCCGCCUUGAAGUGCGCCACUCGGCACUCAGUACAUUCCCAGCGUGGCGCUGCCGUCCCUUCUACCUGCAUGACAGCCGCCUUGAAGUGCGCCACUCGGCACUCAGUACAUUCCCAGCGUGGCGCUGCCGUCCCUUCUACCUGCAUGACAGCCGCCUUGAAGUGCGCCACUCGGCACUCAGUACAUUCCCAGCGUGGCGCUGCCGUCCCUUCUACCUGCAUGACAGCCGCCUUGAAGUGCGCCACUCGGCACUCAGUACAUUCCCAGCGUGGCGCUGCCGUCCCUUCUACCUGCAUGACAGCCGCCUUGAAGUGCGCCACUCGGCACUCAGUACAUUCCCAGCGUGGCGCUGCCGUCCCUUCUACCUGCAUGACAGCCACACCUUGAAUACAUUCCCAGCGUGGCGCUGCCGUCCCUUCUACCUGCAUGACAGCCACCUUGAAGUGCGCCACUCGGCACUCAGUACAUUCACAGCGUGGCGCUUCCGUCCCUUCUACCUGCAUGACAGCCGCCUUGAAGUGCGCCACUCGGCACUCAGUACAUUCACAGCGUGGCGCUUCCGUCCCUUCUACCUGCAUGACAGCCGCCUUGAAGCUGCACCCUUCUCAUCCAGUUUCUGUUUCUGUCACCUCCACAUAGCCAGGGCGGCACUGCUCACAGGACGGCUGCCCAUCCGCAAUGGCUUCUACACCACCAACGCCCAUGCCAGAAACGCCUACACGCCGCAGGAAAUUGUGGGCGGUAUCCCAGACUCGGAGCAGCUCCUGCCGGAGCUUCUGAAGAAGGCCGGCUACGUCAGCAAGAUCGUCGGCAAGUGGCAUCUGGGUCACAGGCCCCAGUUCCACCCCCUGAAGCACGGAUUUGAUGAGUGGUUUGGAUCCCCCAACUGCCACUUUGGACCUUAUGACAACAAGGCCAGGCCCAACAUCCCUGUGUACAGGGACUGGGAGAUGGUUGGCAGAUACUAUGAAGAAUUUCCGAUUAAUCUGAAGACGGGGGAAGCCAACCUCACCCAAAUCUACCUGCAGGAAGCCCUGGACUUCAUUAAGAGGCAGGCACGGCGCCACCCCUUCUUCCUCUACUGGGCUGUCGACGCCACGCACGCACCCGUCUAUGCCUCCAAACCCUUCCUGGGCACCAGUCAGCGAGGGCGGUAUGGAGAUGCCGCCCGGGAGAUUGAUGACAGCAUUGGAAAGAUGCUGGAGGUUCUCCACGACCUGCACAUCGCGGACAACACCUUCGUCUUCUUCACAUCGGACAACGGCGCUGCCCUCAUUUCCGCCCCCGAACAAGGUGGGUGCUCGCCGUCGGUCCUCGCGGUUUCCCCGCAGCCAGCAUGUCGGUGAGGAGCAGCUGGACUG